AAAGUCUGGGUCCCAACGACGACCGUUCACUUUCUGUAGCACAACCCUCGCAAUCUCGACGUCUCUCCUCAAUUGUGCGACACUGAGGGGAGUACUGGCCCACGUUCUAAUACCUCUAUCAACAUAUUUACAUUCUAUACGGUAAUUCUAGCAUCAUGAACAACAGUGCACAGGGGAGCCAGCCGGGCCAGCCCUCUGCUGCUCAGCAGCAAGCAAUGAUGCAAAUGCAACAAGCCCAGGCCCAGGCGCAAGCUCAAGGCCAACAACCCAAACGCCAGAUUACACUCUUUCGACCCGAGCAAAUGCGAGCCCUCCCCGAUAUGUUUACCGCCGAAGAGAAAGCCAAGUGGGAGCAGGGACUGAGGCAAUUAUGGGGACAAAUAGACAAGAACCCGCAGGACUCGCAACAACACACGGAGGCAAAAAGAAAGCUGUUCGAAUUUUCAAAGACCUUGACUGCGAAGUUGGCUGGAGCCCAGCGUUCUGGUCAACAAGCUGGAACUGCGAGACCACCGAGUCAAGGACAACCACAGCAGACACAAGGAGAAGGCAGUGGUGGAAACCAGAAUGCUGCACAACAACCCAGACCCCAACCGAAGAUAUCUCCAAAACUUAUGGAGCAUGUCAGCAACUUCCCCUAUGUUCUACCUCCCCAGCUGACGGCUGGUACCCCGGACGCCGUGAAAUGGUUUCAAGAUGCCAAAUCCAGAUACUUGAAGGCCUUGGUGGCUAUGGAGACUACUGCUUCCCGAGUUCAGGCCAUGGAUAGCCACAUGCAAAAAAGAAAGGAGGAAGGCAACCCACUGAGUCCCGAAGACGAAAAGGAGUUGACGGUUAAGAGGGAACAAGCGCAGAAGGGACAUGCAGAAGCAAAGCAGUUUGUGGAUAACUUCCGGGCACAACAAGCAGCACAAAGGAAUGCCCAGAAUGCUGCUGCUGGAAACCAACAAGGAAAUGCUGCUCAACAAGGAGCUGGAAAUGCGAGCAACAAUGCGAGUCAGGCCGCUCCUGUUAGGCCACAGAUGUCCACACAGCAGCCAAACCCUGCCCUUCAAAACACGCAAACGGUCAAUGCAGCCAUCGAAGCUGCAAGAAACCAACAGUUGAGUGGAGGAAGGCCACAGGUUCCCCAGAACAUGGCAAACCAGAGUGCUCCUUCUAUCCAGAACAUGCCUCAGCAGACUCAAAGCAUAAAGACGGAAGCGGGAGUCGCACCGCAAAGCAACAGAGCCGUAACGCAAAUGCAGCAAGGAAGCCAAGACCGAACAAAUCUCAGUUCACCUCAAUCAGCUGUGCCUCGUUCUGCAGGAGUCGGCCCCCCACAAAGCGCAACCUCGCAAGCGCAAGCACAGCAAAUCCCCACCGCGCUUUCGCACUCGGAUGCCCUUCACCAAGCGGCUCGCUCCUACUCCACAGGUCAACCAUCCUCUUCGAACGUUAUGGGCCAUUCGCACCCGUCCGUCUCCCAACCACGAGAGAGCCAAAACAUCAUCACGAACAAGAUGCCGAUUCCUAAGCACCUACCUGACCGUGCUGCCGCACCGCCGCAACAGGUUGCUGUUCAAGGUGGGCGUCCGACGUUGUCUGGUGGCCCGAGUAAUGCGGGGAAUGGUGUCUUGUCCCAACCGGUUCUGGCUAGGACCCCGGGCUUCAAUAUGGAGGGCGAGGGCGAUAGGGUGUUGAGUAAGAAGAAGCUAGAUGAGCUUGUUAGACAGGUUACGGGUGGUGGGCAGGGUGAGGGCGAGGGGUUGGCUCCUGAUGUUGAGGAGUCCAUCCUCCAAGUUGCCGACAACUUCGUAGACCAAGUCCUCCAAGCAGCCUGCAAGAACGCCAAGGAGCGCGGCAGCAAGGUCCUCGAGAUCCGCGACAUCCAGCUCACUCUUGAACGAGGCUACAAUAUCCGCAUCCCAGGCUAUGCGUCUGAUGAGAUCCGUACCGUCCGCAAGAUUCAGCCGAGCCCGGCGUGGAUUGCGAAGAUGAGCGCUGUACAGGCAGCAAAGGUCACUGGUGGGAAGGGGGGUGAUUGAGCGAGCCUGUGAGCAUCCCCUUGAAGGGAGAGGGGGAGAAGCUAAUGAGAAGCAGUACACACUUCUUCCGCGCUUCUGGAGUAAUUCUGCGCGACAAUGGCAUGGUCUUCAAUUUGAGUCUGGCGUUGAGGGCUGGAUAUGGGAGCAUGGCAUGGAAUGGGGCGUUCAUGGACUUUGAUGAUUGCGGUGUAUUCUGCACUACAUACUUCUUUCAGCUGGCAGCUCUGGAGAUACGGAUAGAUAUCAAUGCAACGCUUUUUUACUGAAUGCGGUUUGCCUUUACACGUGGUACAUAUCAUCUUUGACCAGAGGGAACUCCGACCUCAAGGUCUUGCCAUUCCUGAGGGCACUUAGGAAAAUUCCG